ACACCGGCACACGUCACGUGCUCAUCAAAUUUCAAAUUUUACCAAAAAAUCUUAUCUUGCUAGUGUCUUUGAUUCCUUCCAUCUCCUUUGAGCUACCAAGUGAUACCGUUCGUAACUCAUCAAUGUUCGGGGAAGCAAAUGCAGCUAGCAGUGUCUUUGGAUGGAUUUCAAUAGCAUGCUGGAUUAUCGUAUAUUCUCCUCAGAUAAUUGAGAAUUACCAACUAGAGAGCGGGGAGGGCUUAUCUCUCCUUUUUAUCUAUGUAUGGUUGUUGGGUGAUGUAUGUAAUCUUAUGGGUGCAGUGAUGGCCGGAUUGCUGCCUACCGUGAUUAUCAUUGGAGUUUAUUACACUUUAUGCGACACCACAUUGCUUUGCCAAGUUUACUAUUACCGAUGGAAGCGGCAAACUGGGCGGCACGUUGUACCUGUGCACAUCCCAGGGGAGGCUUCCGAAGAAACCUGCCUUAUUGCUGAUAGUCGCUCGGCGAAUCCCCCCGAAAGACCAGGGCCCUCAAUCACGCGAAUUUUUGUGCAGUACCUAGCCGCUAUCUCAUUCGUAUCAGCCACUGGUGUGGCGGCGUAUUAUAUCAGUAAUUGGCUUCCCAGCGAUGACACUUCUCCAGCCAUUCCAGAUACGAAGUUGGAUUGGCAUAUCCAGGUUAUAGGGUGGACCAGCGCCAGUGCUUAUCUUGGUGCCCGGCUGCCACAAAUAGUCAAAAACUUCAAGACCAGAUGUGAGGGUCUUGCUCCUGGGUUAUUUGUCUUUUCUAUCAUGGGAAAUACGACAUACGCAUUAUCUAUUAUUGUUGCAUCUCGCGACCCAGAUUAUCUGAUCAAGAAUGCAAGCUGGCUAGCAGGUAGUGGUUUGACCGUCUUUCUCGAUAUUCUUGUGCUCAGCCAGUUCUUUUAUUACGGAUUCGUUUCAGGACAGCGAGGCUGGAUCGAUAGAGUUCCAGUGUAAGUGUAUCAGUGCUCAGUGUUACUAUUAGAAGACUGUAUUCUACGUACUGUUUCCUAGACCUAGUAGAACUUUGCGGACAGCUGUUACGCUUGUAUCUUUAUUUGGCUGAGCUAACGGAGAUGACAUGCACGCUCGUGAAACUAAUUGCAUUGCCAUUCUGCCCAAAAAAACGUCGAGGAUAUGGUACAAAUGACCCAUAUCGCUGGAUUUUGCAGU